GGCUGCCUAUUUACAUCUGUUCAUCAGAGCUGAGUGCAGUAUCACAGCAGAGCGGAGAUCACACAUCUGGGCUGCUGUCCCUAUGAGAGGCUAGGAGAAAAUGAUAAUACCAUUAGGGAAUGGAAUUGCUCACUUCCUUUAAGAAGAUGAUAUUGAGAGAAUAUGGAAUAUUCUAUUUUGCUAAUGUGGAAUUCCACUGUAGAUGUAUAAUCCUGAAGAAAUCCCUGGGACUACUGUUACUUGUUUGUUGAUCCUAUAUAUUUUUUUACACUGACUGGAAGGAAUUUAUCUAAAGAGUGGGGGAAAAAAAGAAGAGAAAAUAUACAAAGAAGGAACGUGCAAGUGGAAUGCAAAGGGGGAAGACAGACCUGUGUGUGGGAAAAUACAUGUGAGGGAAAAAGAUCUGGAAUGAAGAUAAUUGCAAAUACCAUGACGGUGUGUGCCUUACUGUACAACAAGAAACAUGUUGAGGAAGAGGUGCAGAUCACUGCUGUGCCAGUUGCAGAUACUGGUUCUUAUGUUGGCAUUAGUUUUGCUGCUAGUCAUGGUGGCUAUGCUAGAUCCAGAAGUCCAGAGUGAGGACAAUUCCAUCUACCUUAACCAGCAUGGUGGUGGGGGACCAGGAUGGGCAGGUGUUGGAUCAUUGCUGGAGCCUGUUGAGGAAACAAAUAAGGUGGAGGUUUUGUCUCCGCUUUCUUCUCUCAGGGAUGAGGAACUUAUAGCUAUUGGGAUGUCUGGAAGCAGAAGAAGCUUUGACAAGGUCAGGAAAAACAUGUACAGGAUAGUGAAGCAGCACAAGAGGAAGAAUGGAAAUGAUGUACUUACUAACAUUGAGCAAACUGAACAAGCAAAGAACACGCACGGGUUUGAGGCGGAAGGCAGUCAGAAAGUCUCUUUACGCAGGACGAUACCUGAAGGUCGACAUUCACUAUGUCUCAAGCAAAUUUACAAUGAGAAUCUUCCUACCACUAGUGUUAUCAUCACUUUUCAUAAUGCAGCAUGGUCUACACUACUAAGAACUGUUCACAGCGUGCUAGACAACUCUCCGAGAAAGAUCCUGAAGGAAAUAAUCCUUGUGGAUGACCUAAGUCACCAAGAUCAUCUGAAGACAGCCCUAAGUGAAUAUGUCUCUAGAAUUGGUGGAGUAAAGCUAAUAAGAAGCAACAAGAGACUUGGAGUCAUUGGAGGGCGGAUGCUUGGGGCAGCAAGGGCGACUGGAGAGAUUCUUGUAUUUAUGGACCCACAUUGUGAGUGUCACCCUGGCUGGCUAGAACCACUUUUGAGCAGAAUAAUGAAUAACAGGAACUGUAUAGUGUCGCCGGUUUUAGAUGUAAUUGACGGGAGAACGUUUAAGUAUUAUCACUCUACUGACUUGAGACAAGGAGUCUUUGACUGGAACCUUGAUUUUCACUGGGUUACUCUGUCAGAAAGUGACCAGAAGGUACGGCAAUCUCCCAUCGUUCCAUUCAGGACUCCAGUAAUACCCGGAUGUGUUAUCGCUGUUGAUCGCCAUUACUUCCAAAACAUUGGGGCAUUUGAUACUUUCAUGAAUGUUUCAGGAGUUGAAAAUAUUGAGCUUUCCGUCCGAGUUUGGCUUUGUGGUGGAUCUGUAGAAAUUGUGCCAUGUUCGAGAGUUGGUCAUUUGCUUGAAAAUAAAACAUACAAUGCAUUUCAAAAUGAAACAACAUUGAGAAAUAAAAUUCGAAUAGCAGAGGUUUGGAUGGACGCUUACAAAGAGAACUUCUACCAUAAUAUUGGAAAGGAAUUUGUAGCCAAGCUGAAAGGGAUGAAUGAUUUUACUGAGCUGAAGCAACUGCGCCUGAGACUGGGAUGCAAAGGAUUCACAUGGUUUAUAUCUGAUAUUGAUCCCGCAAUGAACACGACAUAUUCAGUGCUGCACUCAUUAGGACAACUCUUUAAUUCAGGUGCUGGACAAUGCGUGCAGUGUUCAUAUAACAGAGGAAUUCAGCUGGUUGAGCUUUCCAUUUGUGAUGACAAAGUGAAUCAGGUAUUUGUCUAUUAUGACAAGAAGAUCCAAUUAAGAGCGACGGGGUCUCUAUGUCUAGAUGUAACAGAGGAAAAGGUGCUCCUCAGAAACUGCACCUUCAAUGGCGUAUCCACAUGGGAUUUUAAUGAGGAUGGAUUGAUGAUACACCUUCCUACUGGCAAAUGCAUGGAGCCAGGGAAUACACAGACUGGAAGCACACUUCUGUUCAUAAAACCAUGUAAUUAUAGACAAAAGAAUCAAAUCUGGAAAAUUAUACCAGAGUGAGCCAGUCAAGAUGUACCUUUUAUUGUAUGCUAUUGUAAGCAUUGGCAGCGUCUUAGCAUUUGGAAUCUUCUAUGGGGUCCAAAAUAGCACCAUUGGGCAUAACACUAUUCCUAUUGUAGUAGAGCCUUUCAGCUUUAUAUGAGUGAAAAUCUUUCUCUCUCAUAAACUACAUUUGUUGCAUGACUUUGACAUUCUGCCAUUCUGAUAUGGAUCAUAAUUGUAGUGGACUACAAACCUGUCCAACCAUAAAAUAAAGUCUGAAAGAAAUUUUGACCAUGCAAGAUGGUUGACAGCACUACGUAUUGGCCAGAGAAAGCAGGACAAAUAUGAUUUUUGCAGAGCUUUUAUUAUCAAGAGUAGUGAGAAUAUGAAGUUUUAUUCUGCCAAGCUCUGCUCCUACAAAUGCUCUGGAGGCGUUCACUGAGAAGAACUAUCUGCAUUGAGCUCCUUCACAGCCCCUGCCCUGUGCUCUGGGUGACAGCUGUAUUGGUCUCCUGGUUGAAUAUGAAGGCUGAGCAGAGAGAAAGGGUCAUAAAGCAAUGAAAUGCAGAAAGCACUUUAGUAAAGAUAUUUUGUAGUUUUACAGAGAAGGUGAUACUGUAAAUAUUUGAAGGAGGCUGUAAAGAACUUUUCUGUUACAUUGUACUUACCCUUACACAAGUCUAUUGUAUAUACUUAAUGUACAUACAGUAUAUAUUUCUUCAGUGUACAGUAUAUACAGUUGCAAGAAAAAGUAUGUGAACCCUUUGGAAUGAUAUGGAUUUCUGCACAAAUUGGUCAUAAAAUGU